UGCACGGCAACAAACAGAUGUCACAGCAACAGUGUCAAAACCAGCUUGGAAUAAUUCCUUCAAAAACGAUCCUAAAACAAAAGCAAAGAAAUGGCCGACUAAAUCUAAAAAACGUGGCAUCUUAAAGAAGCGGAAUAUGGCUACAGCUUUAAGAAAGCUUACUGUUCAAGACGAUAAUCCGCAAGUUGAAAUGGACAAUGAAAUCAUGAGAUUACGCGAAGAAAUUGAACAGGAAAAGCAGAUGAAACAAAUGUUGGAUCAAUCAAAAUAUGAGCUUGAACAAACUGUUGAUAGGUUGUCCGAAAAACAGGAUUCAAUUGACGAUGAAGAUAACGAGUGGAAAACACGCUAUCAGACGCAGUAUCAGAUAAACGAACAAUUAGAGAAACAGAAAAUUAUGCUUCAAGAUAAGCUUCAAAGUUUCCGUGAAUCAUCCAAAAAUGGCAAUCGUCACAUUCAGAAGAGGACAAAUAAAGAGGAGCUCUCGGACGUCGAUAUUAAAAAACUGAUGAAGCAAUUAGAUAGGGAAAAAAUAGAUCUAGAAGGACAAUUAAAAGAUUUAGAAUGGAGGUUGAAUAACGAAUCACGGUCAUUUCAUAAACUGGAGGAAGAUAGGAAAAUGUAUGCAACUGAAUUACAAGAGACAAGGGCUGUGAUUGGUGAGACGAAAGCCAAACAUCGACAUGUCCUGAACGAUAUGCAAAGAGAGAAUGAAACGAAUCAUUGGCCUGAAAAAAGGUUGUCUGGUAAGUUUGGACUUCCAGAUAAUCAAAGGAUCAUAGACCCAUCGAAAGGUCCAGUCAAGAAAACGGCGGUUGUGAGAAGGUUACCAAAACUGAAGAACAAUAAUACUUCGGUUAGAAACAAUAAGUCUUCGAAUGGCAGUAGGUAACGCCUUUCUCCUGAGGUGACCUGCCUUGGGAGUUAAACUAUAGUUACAUGUAUAUAUUUAAGUGAACAACAGUGUAAUAGCUAUAUAUACUUGACAAAACACGCAAUCAUACGAUCUUCUUGUUCCAAGGCAUUAAAUGCAACAUUUAUAGAGGUGUACGGUUUUAAGGCAAAAAAUAUUAUAGGAGGUAUAUAUAUGCAUAUAAGA